ACCUGCAGUGGCUUCUUGGAAGCAAGGAUGACCAUGCUGGGGAGGCUCCGGAGGGGUUUCCGACAGGUGUCUCCUCAGGUGGUGCUGCUCCUGCUCUUUGCCUUCUGCCUGCUCAGUGUUUUCAUCUCGGCAUAUUAUUUAUAUGGGUGGAAGAAGGGCCUGGAGCCCUCUGGGGAGGUCCCGGGCCCAGACUGCGACGAACCCAAGAUUGCCCCUUCUCGCCUGCUCCCCUUGAAGCCCCUCAAGGUGGCCGAUUCAUCCCGCACGGACCCCUUGGUGCUGGUGUUCGUGGAAAGCCUGUACUCUCAGCUGGGCCAGGAGAUCAUUGCCAUCUUGGAAUCCAGUCGCUUCAAAUACCGGACAGAGAUUGCCCCCGGGAAGGGGGACAUGCCCACUCUGACCGACAAGGAUCGGGGACGCUUCGCGCUCAUCAUUUAUGAGAACAUCCUCAAGUAUGUGAACUUGGACGCCUGGAACCGUGAGCUCUUGGAUAAGUACUGCGUGGAGUAUGGCGUGGGGGUUGUCGGCUUCUUCAAGGCCAAUGAGAACAGCUUGCUGAGUGCUCAGCUGAAGGGCUUCCCACUCUUUCUCCACUCCAACCUCGGGCUGAAGGACUGCAGCAUAAACCCCAAAUCCCCACUCCUGUUCAUCACGCGCCCCAGCGAGGUGGAGAAGGGCUUGCUUCCAGGAGAGGACUGGACCGUCUUCCAGUCCAACCAUUCCACCUACGAGCCGGUACUCCUGGCCAAGACCAAGUCAGCAGAGUCCAUCCCGCACAUGAGCGUCGAUGCUGCGCUGCACACCACCGUGGUGCAGGACCUGGGCCUGCACGACGGCAUCCAGAGAGUGCUCUUUGGGAACAACCUCAACUUCUGGCUGCAUAAGCUGGUCUUCGUGGAUGCCGUCUCCUUCCUGACCGGCAAGAGGCUCUCCCUUCCCCUCGACCGCUACCUCCUGGUGGACAUCGAUGACAUCUUCGUGGGCAAGGAGGGCACUCGCAUGAAGGUCGAAGACGUAAAGGCUCUGUUUGACACUCAGAACGAACUGCGCACCCACAUACCCAACUUCACCUUCAACCUGGGCUACUCAGGGAAAUUCUUCCACACAGGCACGGAUGCUGAAGACGAAGGAGACGACCUGUUGCUGUCGUACGUGAAGGAGUUCUGGUGGUUCCCGCACAUGUGGAGUCACAUGCAGCCUCACCUCUUCCACAACCAGUCGGUGCUAGCAGAGCAAAUGACCAUGAACAAGAAAUUCGCUGUCGUGAGUGAAAGGAUACGCUCUUACCUGGAGGGCACUGACACCAGGCACAAGCCUAGUGCAGACAAGGCAAGCUGUCGUGUUCAGGAGCAUGGCAUCCCCACCGACAUGGGGUAUGCUGUGGCACCCCACCACUCCGGCGUGUACCCCGUCCACGUGCAGCUAUAUGAAGCGUGGAAGCAGGUUUGGGCAAUCAAAGUCACGAGCACAGAGGAGUAUCCCCAUCUGAAACCAGCCCGCUACCGACGGGGCUUUGUCCACAAUGGGAUCAUGGUACUCCCGCGGCAGACAUGUGGCUUGUUCACGCACACCAUCUUCUAUAACGAAUACCCUGGCGGCUCCAGUGAACUGGACAAGAUCAUCAAUGGAGGGGAGCUGUUCCUGACUGUGCUACUUAACCCUAUCAGUAUCUUCAUGACCCACCUGUCCAAUUACGGCAACGACCGCCUGGGUUUGUACACCUUCAAACACCUGGUCCGCUUCCUCGGCUCCUGGACCAACCUGAAGCUGCAGACGCUGCCACCCAUGCAGCUGGCACAGAAAUACUUCCAGAUCUUCUCCGAGGAGAAGGAUCCACUGUGGCAGGAUCCCUGUGAGGACAAGCGGCAUAAGGACAUUUGGUCCAAAGAAAAGACAUGUGACCGAUUCCCAAAGCUUCUCAUCAUCGGACCUCAGAAAACAGGGACGACAGCCCUCUAUCUGUUCCUGGGGAUGCACCCGGACCUGAGCAGCAACUACCCCAGCUCGGAGACUUUUGAGGAGAUCCAGUUCUUCAAUGGACACAAUUAUCACAAGGGCAUUGACUGGUACAUGGAAUUCUUCCCCAUCCCCUCCAACACCACCGCUGACCUCUACUUCGAGAAGAGCGCCAAUUACUUCGACUCAGAAGUGGCCCCCAGGCGGGCGGCCGCACUGCUCUCCAAGGCCAAGGUCAUCACCAUCCUUAUCAACCCUGCAGACCGGGCCUACUCCUGGUACCAGCACCAGCGAGCUCAUGAUGAUCCAGUCGCUCUGAAAUUCACCUUCCAUGAGGUGAUCACAGCUGGGCCUGAGGCUUCUCAGAAGCUCCGAACGCUACAGAACCGCUGCCUGGUACCGGGCUGGUACGCCACCCACAUUGAGCGCUGGCUGAACAGCUAUCAUGCCAACCAGAUCCUUGUUCUGGAUGGCAAGCUGCUCCGAACAGAACCAGCCAAAGUGAUGGAAACAGUCCAGAAGUUCCUUGGCGUGACGAACUUCAUAGAUUACCAUAAAACCCUGGCGUUUGAUCCAAAGAAAGGAUUCUGGUGCCAACUGCUGGAGGGAGGGAAGACCAAAUGCUUGGGGAAAAGCAAAGGGAGGAAAUACCCAGAGAUGGAUUCAGAUUCACGAGCCUUCCUGAGGGAUUAUUACCGGGACCACAAUAUAGAGCUGUCCAAGUUGCUGUACAAAAUGGGUCAGACGCUGCCAACCUGGCUGCGGGAGGAACUCCAGAACGCUAGGUAGCUGCUGCUAUCAUCGCCUUACUGAGCAAUAGUGACGCGAGCCCACGAAGAAGAUCCCAAAUCGAACCCCGAGCCAAGCAGACAAGAGCGGGAGGGAAAAGCCGCCGGGAAAAGCAUUUCUGAGCAAUAUUCAGCCAAGGUCUUUGAGCGAGAACCCAUGUGGUCAUCAGUAUUGCAUACGGGAGUGAACUGUCUCUUCUGAGGGCCCUUAUAGUUGUGCGACUGCCUGACUCUGCAAACCCAGUGCAAAUUCCCCAAGAGCUGUUGUCUUCUGAGGUCCCUGUCAACGAGGUCACUUCCUGGAUUGUGAUGUCAUUUCCUGAUGGGGGGAUUUCCUGCUUUUCCAUACCUGGAUGGGGUUAACUUCUCCAUAUCUAAGAUAGUAUUACAGCAACUCUGAGACUCUCCUCGUCAGAUAAUGGAGCUGAGCACCCUUCCAAGAUGUGGACAACUCUUUGCAAAGCUGUCUUGGAGAACAGGAGCACGACGUGCCGUUUGAGGUCAGAGGCACAAAGGGGCCGACCUAACCGACCCAAGUCUGCAGUCACGUUUCAGACAAAGUGAAGUGAGACAGCAUAAAGGAAUGGAGUGUCCUGGGUUCCCACAAGACCUAGCGCUAAGUGCUGGAAGAGGUCUCUGGAUUUUUUUUAAAGAAGACUUUAAGACUUGUCAAUAUUAGUUUGUCACCAAUGAAUUCUCCCUCUCCCCCAGCCUUUUAUUUUAUUGUAUUUUAUUUUAUUGACGGGUGAGAGCUUGACCGGUGACUGUCUGUCUCAUUUGGUAAGAGAACUGAACUGAGAACUGGUUCCAGAGUGGUUACAAUGGAAAAGUAUACACCCCGCUCCCCUUCCCGCGUGGCAAUGUUUUAUAUACGUGGUGUUUUCUGUGGUAAAAAACUGAGGUUGUCCAGUAGCCUGCUCACUGGAACGUGCUUCGAUAUUUGAGCCACUGGCUCAGAAGGCGGCAGACGUCGAGCAGGGCAGACGUUGGACUAACAGAGGCUGAAAGGAUUCCGAGCACGCUGGACCUCCUUGGAUACUAAAAGCUAAAGUAUUUUAAUAAUUUGUUCUGUUUUUCUGGUGCCACAAGUUUGUACCUGAGAUACCAGGGUUUUAUUUUGUCUCGUUCACUGUUACACGUGAAGGUGGGCAGCCGGUGCGGUUGACUGACUGGUCUAUCCACUGACCAGUGAUGAACAAUUCUUUUUCUAAUGACAGGAUAAGUACCUUGCUGCUCCAUCUCUGUCUCUCUCUCAGUUCUAUUCACUGCCAAUGUUUCAGUAUUGAGGUUUCCUGCAAAUUUCUGCCCCAACUGUCCUGGCAUGGGUGGGGCCGGUAGCAAUGCUUAACCAAGAACUGUUGUCAUUGGUUCCUGGGUGAAGGUCCUGGAUCCCUAAGCAGGCUGAUGGUGUAUCGCACACUUAAGACCAGAGGUGGUUCAGGGUCAGGGAAGACCCAGCUGAAAGGCUGAGAACCCCCAAAGAGUUGAUCUGACAGUGCUGUUGGCUGAAUGAGCUGCUUGCAUGGUGGGCCAGGAAACUCUGGGUGUAGUAGUUUUGGGGAGAAGGAGUGGGAUGGGGUGAGUUCUUUUAUCUCGCUGCUCCAGAGGGGUUGGGAAAAGAGGACUGGGAAACCUAGGCUGGGGAAGGUGCAUCCAGCAAGGAAUGAAGAGGAGACAGUAGAAGAUGAUGUGAAUGCCAGUGUCUCAUGGAGCAGGUACCAAGGGCUUAUGCAGGGUUCUUGGACCCAGUACUUUUGGGAGCUAAGAAUAGCCUAAAAUUAAUUCAUCGGGUAUCUCCCCAACUGGACGUCACUGCGUUAGCAACUGAGUCAAUUCGCACUGAAGAGAUUGGGUGGGAGGGUUCCCCUAUAGGCCCUCAGGCUUCCCCCAUGCCCGUCCCUGAGUUCCAUGUUGUCUUCCUCUCAUGGUGCCAUGCUGGAAUGGUGAGGAAUGAGAGAUCCUCACAGACCUAGUCCCUGGGCCGUGCUAAUGGUCUUGCGUUGUCCUCUGCCACCAGCUAGGCUCUGAUUCUGAGAGUCUGCCCUGUCCUGGGACAGCCUCCUUCUCCGAGGGUGUAUUCCUAAUGCUGUUUUAAAACCUCAGUGCCACGCGUCUUCUCUGGCACUUGCAGUAACGCAAAAGCUUCCUUUUCUCCUCAGACACUAACCUUCCCUGAGAGAAGUCAAGGGCCUCCUUUUGCAGCCCGUGUUCAGUGACGGUAUUAUACAUAUGCAGUGUUGUUUGCAACCAUGUCAGUCCCAAGAUAUUAGAGAGACAAAGUGGGAGAGGCAAUAUCUUUUCUUGGACCAGCUUCUGCUGAUGAGAGAGACCAACUACACACGCCGCCCUUGUCUCGGUAUUAUACGUGAACUUUUCCUUUGCACCAAGCUGCCUUCCCUCCGCUGUUAAGCGGCGUUAGGUACGUCCGCACUGGAGCGGAAGGUGUCGUUUCUGGCUCAGGCAAACAUCGAGCUAGACCCCCAAGUGACAGGAUGGAUGGAGUCCAAUCCCACCCAGGCCUCAGGCUGGUGAGCUUCUCCUGCCGCAUCUCUUUUUAGUGUGCUAGGAGUGCUCACGCGUGUAUGUCGUCUUGGGCUGAAAACGACUCCUUCAGCUCCAGUGCAGACGUACCCUUUGAACAACCAGAGUAGGAGCUGUGAGCAGUCCAGGACCGGCCGUUCCCCUCUAGUUUUGUGGGGGAAGAUGUUGGUGAAAUGCAAUGUGAUUCUUAUGCAGCCUGUUGCAGUUUCCACCCGCUGGAGCUGUGCUGCAGAGAAGCAGCAUGUUCUCCUGCUCCAUUGCUUGAUGCAGUUACAGUAGAAGAGCCCAGGACAUCUUCCCCGGCCCGCAUGUGUCUUCUCCUUGCUGCAGUGGUGGGCAUUGAGUUGAGGCUAGCAGGCUGCUCUCUCGUUGAGCGCGGUAAGAAGGAGGGAGUGAAACCAGGCCCAUACGCCAGCAGCCAGUGAGUCCGGUUUAUUGCCCUGGCCGGUGUGUGUGGAUUAGGUAUGUACCAUGCUGCGGCUUGGGGAGCGUUGAUCCCAAAGAACAGUUUGCAGGACGUUUCAGUAUACCACGAUGACACCGACAGUGUCACUGCCAUCUUGGAUUUUCGCCUUCUCUGCUCAAACAGGCGUUUUAAGGUUAAAGCAAAGCUUUUGCGGUGGUCGUGAGGUGAGACAUGGAGUCACUGCUUGGGGGCAUAAGUCCGAAAUGGCAGAUGAGGCUGGUGCCUGGCGGGCUUUGUGGGCCCCACUGGGUGGCGUAUUUGAAAUACUGGUGCCAUGGGUCGGUCUAAGCCCCUGUGUGUGCUCACUUAUACACACGUGCUAAUCUCUUUCUGUUGUGAGUGCUGGACUCACACGGUUGCACAUCUCAGCCAUGUCAGAACUCCCUGCUUUAAGGGUGUCCUCCUCGAUGUGCAUGUGCAUUGCCCACCAAUGCAUAGUAUAGCCCCCUUGGGCCGUAGGGUUUAACAAACGAGACCCUUUCCUACCUAGUCUCUCUCCGUUAGUCAGUGUUCUGCUAGCCCCCAGCACAGGCUUGUAUAAAGGGAAGCCUGCAGCUUCUGCCCCCUCUUUGAUUCAUUCCACGACGCUGCAGUCUUGGGCCGGGAGCAAUCACCAAUCACGGCAGCAAACUGUGACCUUCCUGGGCGGAACGGAGUGGGGUAGGAGUGGGCCGGCUGGAAGGGGGGAAGCAGCACUGACAGCCUGAUGAGCCCAUGCUCCUCUUGGCACCUAGGCAGCUCCUAUCGCUGCUAUUGUCGGCUCUAUAGGAGCCAGGGGAGAACUGGACUCCCUGACCCCUUGGUGAUUGGCAGCAGCAGGAAGGAAAAGGCAGCAAAAAAAACACUCAGUGCAAAAUCUCUCAGCCUUUCAAGAGGUGGGAGGCUCACUCCCAUGGUGUCUGUAAAGCCAGGAUCCCACAAUAGGGCCUCGGUUCCCCACCUGCAUGCCCAGGACCAUGGUCCCUAGAGGGAUGUUGUGAGACUAGAAUGGAUGAAUGUAAAGUGCUUUCUCCAGCCACUGAUGCAAGUCUGUCUCGAUUGCAUCUGGGUGUCUUAGGCUCAGCUUAGCUCACGAGGAAGUGUGUCUGAGCGCUCCUGUCCAUCAGCCCUCACGUGGCCACCGGGGCAGAGACAGGUACCCGAGGAACGAACCACCUAGCUGUGUGCGUAUUGACAAAAGCAGCCAUGGGAAUGGUCCCCCAGUGUUGCCACGGCUUUGCCUGCACUUUACAAGAGGAGAUUGGUACCUGCCAUGCCUGCCCUGUCGAUCACUAGCACAGUCACUGGGCGGCACUGGAGAGCGAGUAGGGGGAGAGAUUCCCAAUAGCUGGGCUUUUUUAAACUCUUCUGUUACCUUUGGUUAGUUACAAAAGAGGGAGCCCCCUGUGGGUUCCUGUUUUUUAUUUUUGCAUGAAAUUCUGUAUAAUUUCCCGGGGGUGGGGGGUGGGAGAAGUGGGUAUUUCCUGGGGGAGGGGGAGCUGGAGGAGGGGAUAUUUCAGAGUUGUCUUUGCCCCUCCUUUCUGUCUUGUUGAACCCAGCCGUUUUGGGUGGUAUUCAAAGAUUCAUUAUCACUAAUAAUGUACGGUCCUGUUGAACUAACUGCUAAUAAACUGGGGCUCUCUGUUCCUAGUCA